UUUGUCAUUGCAUCUCUUUUCUUCCUACAAACCCUUCUACAUCUCCCUCUCAAAGCUCGAGAUCAAUCGUCAUGUCCGGAUCUCGCAAACACAUAAUAGUCUUCGCGUUCCCAUUCGCAAGCCACCCGGCCCCGCUCCUGGCCCUCGUGAGGCGGAUAUCUGCCUCAGCACCCACUGCAGUGUUCUCAUUCUUCAGCACGGAGAAAUCCAAUGCUGAGAACUUCCCCAAGGACAACCCUUUGGGGUACGAGAGCAUAAAGGCAUGCAGCGUCGAUGAUGGCCUUCCGCCUGGGUUCAUGCCCUCGGGGAACCCGGUUGAGCCGGUCCAGUUGUUCCUGAAGGCUGUGCCCUGUAACUUCUAUAAGGCUGUCAAGGCAGCCGAAGAGGCGGUUGGAAUCAAGGUAAGCUGCCUGCUGACAGAUGCGUUUUUUGGGUUCGGGGCAGAUAUGGCCCGUGAAAUGGGGGUCCCAUGGGUCCCAGUGUGGUUCUCAGGGGAUCGACCAUUACUCGCCCAUAUAAACACGGAUCUCAUCCGGAAAACUUUUGGAUCUGGAGAUUUCGAAGGCAAGAACCUUGAAUUUAUCCCAGGCUUCGAAUCAGUUCGUGCAAUGGACCUGCCACAAGAUAUCAUUGAACCGAAUCCAAACUCCGAGUUCUCCGUCAUGAUCGAUAAAAUGGCUGCAACUCUCUCGCAGGCGACUGCAAUCGCCAUCAACUCCGUUGAGGAGUUGGACCCUCUCAUAGUGAAGCAACUCCGCUCUCAUCUUCAGAAGGUCCUAAGCAUUGGUCCCAUCACCCCAUCGUGCCCAAUGACGCCGUUCCCCGACAGCUAUGGGUGUAUCCCAUGGCUGGACGAGCAGAAGCCAGCCUCAGUCGUGUAUAUUAGCUUCGGGAGUGUGAUAACUCCGCCACCCCAUGAGCUAACUGCGCUCUCAGAAGCCUUGGAGGAAAUCGGCGUCCCGUUCCUGUGGUCGUUCCGGGGCAAUGCAGAAGAGAAACUCCCUCAGGAUUUUGUGAGGAGGACUAGGGAGAGCUCAAAGUCGAAGAUUGUGUCUUGGGCACCGCAGCUCGAUGUCCUGAGGCACAAGGCGGUCGCAGCAUUCCUGACGCAAUGUGGUUGGAACUCUCUGCUGGAGAGUUUCAUCGGUGGGGUACCGACGAUCAUGAGGCCUUUCUUCGGGGAUCAACAGCUAAAUAGAUUGUCCAUUGAAACCUUAUGGCGUGCAGGGGUCGGCCUUGAGAGAGGCGUGAUCACUAAAACCGGGACCAUUGCUGCGCUAAAGAGGGUUUUGUUCACUGAGGACGGGGUGCAAAUGAGGCAACGAGCCAGUGAGUUGAACGGACUUGUCAUGAGGGCCGUCGAGACCAGUGGUAGCUCUACCAAGAAUUUCGAGUCUCUGGUUGACAUUGUAACAAAAUAAACGACUCCUAUUCCUAUACACUAUUUACACGUACGUCCUUAAUUCAUUAGUAAUAUGAAUGAUAUGAUCGGUUGAAAGUCUAACGGGAGUUCGGCGAACUUAUUGUGAUUGAUUAUAGUUGAUCAAGGAAACUUUUAGGCGAAGCUUGAAAGUUUAAUGUACGUCGGACAUAUAAGAGAUGCCCCCGUCUAGAACUUGU